AUGUCUGAAAAACCAGUUGUAGCUAGUGGCAAUCAACCUAUCGUUAAAAUAGGUCAUUAUACCUUAGGUGCCACCCUGGGUGUAGGUACAUUUGGUAAAGUUAAAAUUGGUGAACACCAACUCACAAAGCAUAAAGUUGCUGUAAAGAUUUUAAAUAGACAAAAAAUUAAGUCCCUUGAUGUCGUUGGCAAAAUAAGGCGUGAAAUACAGAAUUUAAAAUUAUUUCGUCACCCCCACAUUAUUAAACUCUACCAGGUCAUCUCAACUCCAACAGACAUCUUCAUGAUUAUGGAAUAUGUGUCUGGUGGUGAACUAUUUGAUUAUAUUGUGAAGAGAGGCAAGCUUCAGGAACAUGAAGCAAGACGGUUUUUUCAACAAAUUAUCUCAGGAGUAGACUACUGUCAUAGGCAUAUGAUUGUCCAUCGGGAUCUAAAACCUGAGAAUCUUCUAUUGGAUCAUAACAUGCAUGUAAAGAUUGCAGACUUUGGAUUGUCCAAUAUGAUGAUGGAUGGUGAAUUUUUACGCACUUCAUGUGGAUCACCAAAUUAUGCAGCUCCAGAGGUUAUUUCUGGAAAACUAUAUGCUGGUCCGGAGGUUGAUGUAUGGUCCUGUGGUGUAAUUCUCUAUGCUUUGUUAUGCGGCACUCUACCAUUUGACGAUGAACAUGUGCCAACACUCUUCCGGAAGAUCAAAUCUGGAAUAUUCCCGAUUCCCGAAUAUUUGAACAAAAGCGUCGUCAGUCUCCUGUGUAUGAUGCUGCAAGUGGAUCCUAUGAAAAGAGCAACCAUAGAAGAUGUUAAAAAACAUGAGUGGUUCCAGAAGGAUUUACCUGAGUACUUGUUCCCAUCACCAGUUGAACAGGAUAGCAGCGUGAUAGACACGGAAGCAAUAACAGAGGUGUGCGAAAAGUUCGGCGUGAAGGAACACGAAGUCCACAAUGCUUUAUUGAGUGGCGAUCCACACGAUCAGCUUGCUAUCGCCUACCAUCUCAUCAUCGAUAACAAGAGGAUAGCCGACGAAGCAGCUAAAGCUGAAAUCAAAGACUUUUAUGUUGCCAGCAGCUCUCCACCCGCCGCUAUAACGGAAACUGCGCGGCCUCAUCCAGAAAGAAUCGUGCCACUGCGCGUUAAGGAUUCGCCCGCUACUCAGCCUACUCACGACAAACAGCGAGGCACACCCGUCAAAAGAGCGAAAUGGCACCUGGGCAUCAGAUCUCAGAGCAAGCCUAACGAUAUUAUGCUUGAAGUUUUCCGUGCCAUGAAAGCCCUCGACUACGAAUGGAAAGUCAUUAAUCCCUACCACGUAAGAGUACGAACAUUGAACAAAAUGACAGAGAAAUACGUUAAAAUGUCACUGCAACUGUAUCAAGUAGACUACAAAUCUUACUUGCUGGACUUCAAGUCCCUCUCCGGUGAGAAGGAGGACUCGGAUGAGGAAGGGACGUCACCGAUGGUGUCCGCCCCUCCGCCAAACCCCGCCACCGCCCCAACGCAACCUCAGGGACAUCACACCAUGGAGUUUUUCGAAAUGUGCGCCGCUCUUAUAAUCCAACUAGCUCGAUAA